AUGCCGUUUGGCUACCUUCAGCACGACGCUGCCCCAUACGACCAAUACCUUGCUGCCGGCAGCGACGACAACACUCCCGAUGAGCAGGACUACUCCCAGCUUACGUCUGGCAUGCUCCAAUUCCACAUUCCCCAAUAUCUUUUCGACUCUCCCCCACGGUUGGCCAGUGGAGGAGGUGCAGAGGCAUUCCAUCCCGCCCAAGCCGCCGCAUGGUUUACCAAUAGCGGCUUCCGACCACCCACCACCGACUACGACAGCCAUCACCAGUACUCCAACACCUCUGCCGCUGUGGAGACGGCUUACACGAGCCUCGAGUCGCUGGCGGAGACAUUUCCGUCCUAUCUCGCGCUUGCUGCAGCAAAGGAUACGGAAAACAACGCCUCUCCCGUUUCACCGUCAUCAUUUCCUACCGCAUUUUCCACAUUCCCCGCCUCUCCUCCUUUCCCCGAGAUCCCCCACGCGGCUUCAGCCACCCUCGGCCUCCCCAUUUACUCCCAAUCCGGCUUUGAUGUCGUUUCCCUGCUUGCUCGGGUUACCAACAGACCCAACCCCAUCGUCCCGCUCGGCCCAAUUGACUUUACCACCAGCUUUGUGGUCGCCGACUGCCGCCGUCACGAUGACCCGAUCGUGUACUGCUCGCCAAGUUUUUGCAGCUUGACGGGCUAUUCGGAGCAGGAGGUACGAGGGAGGAAUUGUCGCUUUUUGCAGGCUCCCCCAAAUGUCCACCUCGAAAAGGGAGAUAUCAGGCGUAGUGGGACAGUACAGGCACUGGCGAAAGCGAUCCACGGACGGAAGGAAGGACAGGCUAGGGUGGUUAACUACCGCAAAGACGGGGAGGUUUUCGUUAAUCUCGUCACCGUUGUCCCGCUUGUAGACGAAGACGGUUCGGACGGCGGAAUUAAGGGCGAGGUGGUGUGGUUUGUUGGUUUCCAAGUGGAUCUCGGCAAGCAAACCGACGGAAUAGCCAAACGCGUCCAUGAUGGGACAUACUAUGCUGUCCCCGUUUUGCAACAGCAGAAACAGGCAGGUCGGACCAAGAAGGAGGAGGCAAAGGAACGAAGGGCGGCUUCCAUCGUACCUCCACCCAAGAUGUCUAUAGAUCUGGCGAGGCUGCUCCAACGACCCAACUUCCUCGUCAGUUGUGGCGCUACCGCUCCUACGACUCUCCACACCGGCAUUCAGCCCGAUCCCACUAGUCAUGUGCUGCACUCGCUGCUUCUCGAUGCUUUACCCGACUUUAUCCACGUUCUGAGUCUCAAGGGCGCCUUCCUAUACGUCUCCUCUGCAGUCACGCGCGUGCUUGGCUGGGCACCAGCAGAGUUACUCGGCCAUUCCCUUGAAGAUAUUUGCUUUGACCGCGACAUUGUUAGCGUUGUCCGCGCCCUGAAAGAAGCGAGUAUGCCCAUUGCUUCUCCGCUCGAUCCGAGCGCCGCGAAGUCAAAGGAGAAAGAGAAGGCCGUUGUGCCUGUUCCGCGUAACCCCGAUGCGGUGCGCGUGGUCGAUCUGCUCUUUAGGGCCAGGACGAAGCAAGGCGCGUGGGUGUGGGUUGAGUCGCGCGGGAGGCUGCAUGUUGAGCCGGGCAAGGGACGAAAGGCGAUCGUGAUGAUUGGGCGUGCGAGAGGUAUGGCGGAAGUUGGACACGAUCCGCCCACGGAGACACCUCGUUUUGGGCAUACAACACCGCGACGCUCGCCGGCGGGGUCGGCGAGUGGUCUCGAGUUUGCUCUACUACCGAGGCCAAGGAGGCGUCCUAGUGAGGAUCCUACCGCGACUAGCACAGUCCAAACAACAUUUCACGGGAUCAUCGACCCGUAUGGACUCCUUCUUUCUGUUGGCACGGGUUGUAGCGCGGUCCUCGGUAGAGACUGCGAGCCAUCGUCGCUUCUGGGCACACAAAUUGGUGCUUUGGUCGUCCGCGAAGACAGCCAGAAUACAAUCGACAGGUUCUUCUUCAACUGGCGGACAGAGCGGCCGACGAUGGCGCGGGAGGUCAGCGUCAGGAUGCGAUACCGUCACGGGCCAGUCGUUGAUGCCGUUGUGCGGGUUGCCCCUCCCUCGACAGCGGCGGUGCUUCCACCACUGGUCACAUCGCCCCAUUUGCUUUAUUCAGUCCGUCUCGCGACCAGCGCGCGUCCAACAAUAGUCCGGACGAACCCAAGAUUCGGCCGGCUGGACCCCGUGAGCGGAAGCGAAAGCUGGCAAUAUGAGAUCAGUCAGUUGCGCUUCGCAAACGAGAGGCUUGUGCAGGAAAUCCAGGCUUUGGAGGCAGAGACCUCAGCAGCUGCAGGCCCGUCACUCGCGCUGCCAAGCCCCGCGGAAGACCAAAAAGGCGCAUACCUGCCGCAUGUGACAGUGCCCGCGAAACGGCCGUGGGACGCGCUGAGGGAGGUUUAG